CUCUCCAGUGGCCAUGCUCUACCAACACUGCAAAAUCCCUCAUAAGUUGGGCCAACUUGGGAGGAACUCAAGCAAAUAAGUUGAACAUUUUGAUGGAUUUUACAGUCUGUGCGGCUUUUGGAUGAGGACUCGACAUAAAGGUCCACGUCCAGCCGCCACCAUGUCGAGCAAGCGUGCCAAGGGAAAGACCACCAAGAAGCGCCCCCAGAGGGCCACCUCCAACGUCUUCGCCAUGUUCGACCAGUCUCAGAUCCAGGAGUUCAAAGAGGCGUUCAACAUGAUCGACCAGAACAGAGAUGGCUUCAUCGACAAGGAGGAUCUGCACGACAUGCUGGCCUCUCUGGGUAAGAACCCCUCUGAUGAGUACUUGGAGGGGAUGAUGGCCGAGGCACCAGGGCCCAUCAACUUCACCAUGUUCCUCACCAUGUUUGGAGAGAGGCUCAACGGAACAGACCCCGAGGACGUCAUCCGCAACGCCUUCGCCUGCUUUGAUGAGGAGGGAUCUGGUGUGAUCCACGAGGACCACCUGAGAGAGCUGCUGACCACCAUGGGCGACCGCUUCACAGAUGAGGAGGUGGACGAGCUGUUCCGCGAGGCACCCAUCGACAAGAAGGGCAACUUCAACUACGCAGAGUUCACCCGCAUUCUCAAACACGGCGCCAAAGACAAGGACGAUGAGUAGAGGGAGGAAGCGACCGCCCAAACACAUACCGCGCCACAAAUCAGUCCCUUGUUCCUACCUUUAGGGGCCUUGAAAGAAAUUGAAUGAGAAUAGUAUGCAGCAAUGUAUUUUUCUUUUUAU